UGCAUCAAAGUAUUUCUGGCCUACGAGGCCCUACCCCGCCGGUCCCACCCACUACGAUCACCAUCUUACAAUACAAAGUGGCAUACGGAUAUCGCGAGCAGCCAAUAGUCAAGUGGGGGAGACUUCUAGGUCAGAGACACGUUGUUCUCUGGGCUAGCAGUACCCUAGACUCUUGGACUCUAGGAGACUUUCUCCUUUGAGCCAUUGAACCACCGAAAUCAUGGCAACGCAAUCGUCCCCCGAAUCUGUCAACAGGAAACCUCUACCCCCUCCUGGUUCACCGUCAAAAUAUAUCGAAGGCGAUUACAAGGAAAAUGCUGGGAAUGAGGGGCGCAAACCACUUCCAAAAAUUCCAAUACCUUCCUCAACAGGCCGGAUGCAUGGCGCACCCAUGUCUCCAGUCCGAGUCAACGUGCAGCCAGAAGACUGGCCUCCAAAGGCAUCAGUUGCUGUAAUCGAGGAUGGAGUUAGGAUGGAAAGUCAGACUUCAAGGGAGUCGGAACAAUUCGAGCCGGAACGAUAUGAGCAUAGAAUGCCUCUGACAACUGACCUGCCAUAUCGACCGAACCCGAAUACAGAAAUACAAAGACCACAAGCGGCCGUCAUGUCUUCUGGAGACAGCUCGAGCUCAAGAUCGCCCUCGAAUGGAUCAUCAAAUCAGCCUUCAAGACGCGGCUAUCCAGAACGUAUCGAUGAAAAUGAUCCUGCCAAUAUGCCCGUUCCGCGACUCCAGUAUCACCAUCAAUCGCAUUAUUCUGACGGCGGGAAUGGUCAAAUGCGCAGACCCGGCCUACAAAGUCCCAGCACCCCAGAAUUGGUGGAAGCAGGGCAGUCUAUUAAUCGACAUCUUACACCAAAUUCACAGAUGGGAAUGCGGAACUCGAUUCAAAGACCCAUGUCGGCAUACUCAGAUAUGGGACCUCGAGGCCGCUCUCCUGGACUCACAGGAUCGCCACAUUGGGGGACACGAGCACCUUCAGCGCAUUCCGGUAGAUCUGAUAGCAGACCAAUCUCAUACAUUGACUUGAACAACGUAUCAUACCCGCAAGCACCACCUCCGCCUAUAUCGCUUGACAACUCGCAGCUCAGAAGUGUGGUUGGAUCAAACGCCUCGCUACUCAGCAUGGGGAAGACUUUGGAGAUGUAUCGUCAAAAUGUCAAGAAGCUGAAUGAUGCGGAGACACAAUAUGCGUUCGCUAUCUUUCUGAUACAGGCUGCUCAAGAGGCCGGAUUAAACCAAGAACCAAAUGCACCUCGGAAAUUGAGUCCUAAACCUGGAGGUCGAGAUCUCGACAGCCCCUAUAUUGAAAAGCAACAAUCUUCGCCACAAGAACUACUUUCAGAAGCCAAACACAUAUUACAAAGACUGUCGGAUCGAAGCUAUCCUUUCGCGCAGUACUACCUGGCUGAUGGAUAUGCCUCUGGGCUAUUCAGUAAAGGCAAGGAGGACUACAAUACAGCUUUCCCGCUUUUCGUCUCCGCAAGUAAGCAUGGCCAUGCAGAAUCUGGAUACCGAGCCGCCUUGUGCUAUGAGUUCGGAUGGGGAUGCAGAAAGGACGUAGCGAAAGCCGUUCAAUUCUACCGACAAUCGGCUUCGAAGAACCACCCAGGAGCAAUGACGCGUCUCGGACGUGCGUGCUUAUCCGGGGACCUUGGUCUGAACAAAUACAGAGAAGGACUGAAAUGGUUGAAGAGAGCCACCGAGUCUGCAGACGUGCAAUACAAUCAAGCACCCUAUCAUCUCGGUCUUUUAUACGAGACUGGUUACGGUGAUGACAUUUUCUUGGACGAAAGUUACGCUGCUCAGUUAUUCACUCAGGCUGCCGACUUGGGUCACCCCGAAGCUUGCUAUCGACUUGGCGAUGCAUACGAGCACGGCAAAUUGUCUUGCCCGAGAGAUCCAGCUCUAAGUGUGCACUUCUAUACUGGAGCAGCACAGAGAGGUCACCCUGCAGCAAUGAUGGCUUUGUGUGCCUGGUAUAUGGUUGGCGCGCCCCCUGUUCUCGAGAAGGAUGAGAAUGAAGCAUACGAAUGGGCGCGUCAAGCAGCAGAUGCUGGUCUCACAAAAGCUGAAUAUGCUGUUGGAUACUUCACAGAGAUGGGUAUCGGUUGUCGUCGCGAUCCUCUCGAAGCUAAUGUGUGGUAUGUCAAAGCUGCCGAUGCAGGUGAUGAGCGCGCCAAGGUUAGAUUGGCUGCUAUCCGAGCUGCAGCAAGUGGAGGAGCACCUAUGGAAGUAGCACCCCCGAAGAGCGGAAAGAUGAAGAAGAGUCAGAGCGGGAACGAGAAGACCGGUCUGAACGAGAAAGACAAAGACUGCGUCGUUAUGUGAAACUUCACACGAAAAGCAAAUCUCACACGCUAUCACAAAGUCAUGUACCAGGUACAAUCGGAUUCGAGAAAAGCAUAAAGGUGCCGAAAAAGAAGAAGAACGAGCUCCAGAAGGGGCAUAAUGUCAGUGU